UUCACCGAUCAACACUUACUAGCCCGUCUAUGAAAAAAUGAUCAUGUUUGGAGUUAGCGGCGUUUAAUAACGUCCCCGCUCGGGAUGUAAACUAUUAAAACAGUUAGCGACUCGGGCGGUGAGUUUUACUGACGGGAGUUUCGUCUUGUUUAAACCUUUUUUUUUUUUUUUUUUUUUUUCUUUACUCGGUGGCUAACUAGCUCGGCUAUGGUGAGCUAACAGCCGAGCUAGCAGGCUGGCGACGGACUUGUAAACAGACGUUCUCUGCGUCCCGGUGGCCCCUCGCCUCCCUGCAAAGUUUGAGGGGAGUUGUGGGUCGGUAGGGACUGGGGGGAAAGCUUUUUUUCCGGGGGGUGGACCGAGAGAGAGUCGCCAGGAGGGGGAUGCUUUGCGGGGCUUUCGAGGCCCGACGGGAGUUGAAGAUUACCGAGUGAAACAAGGGAGAAAUGGCGUCCGCGGACGUGGACAGCAGUCAAAGCGACUUUCUGCAGGAAACGCAGACGACAGACAUGUCUGCCAUUCAGCUGUCGGGAUCAGACCGCUGGGAGGUGUUAACGCCCGUCUCGGCCGCCAAGGAUGAUCUCAAUGGCGGAAUCGUCACGUCCAACGGGCAGUACGUGCUUCCCCUCAGUGGUCUCCACAACCAGCCCAUCUAUGUCACGGCGCCUGGGGGCGAGGCGGCGGCCAAUGGCGUGUCGGGCAUACAGUAUCAGGUCAUCCCUCAGAUCCAAAACGCAGACGGGACGCUGACAAGCUUCCAGACGCAAGGCUUGGAUGACGGCACGGGGCAGAUCCAGCUCCUCCAAGACAACAGUCAUGGCGGCAUCGGAAUCAGCUGCUCUACGGCGGCCACCACGGACCUCUUGACGCAGGCGGGGCAAGUGCAGUCCAUCCAGGGCCUCCCGCUGGCCGGGGGCUCGGCGUAUCCCGUGGGGUUGCCCGGCAACAUCACCUUCGUGCCCAUCAACAGCGUUGACCUGGAGUCACUGGGCCUGACGGCGGCACAGACGGUACCCAUCGCCACAGGCGUGACGGCGGAGGGCACGCUGAUCAUGAGCGGUCAGACCCUAGAGAGCGCCGGGCAGGAUGGCAAACUGACGGUGGGGGGCGACGGCAACCAGGAGCUCUACGUGCCCACCUCCGAGGCCCCCUCGCAGCUCCCCGCCACCAUCGACGGGACGGGUGUGCUGACUCAGGCCACAGCCGUGUCCGCCGGCGUGUCGGACCCCUCGUCCUCUUCAGAGAACUUUAAUUCCCACCUGCAGCAGAUCCAGGUGUCGUCCUCCAGCGCCGCCACCCUCUCGCAGCCCAUCCUGCAGCUGUCGGGCGACGGUCAAGCCCAGGUGGCAGCGGGCCAAGACUUGAACGCGGCGGCGGCUGGUCAGACCCUUCAGAGCGUCCAGUUGGUCAACCCGGGGACUUUCCUCAUCCAGGCCCAGACGGUCAGCCCCACCGGGCAGAUCCAAUGGCAGACGUUCCAGGUUCAGGGUGUUCAGUCGCUUCAGGGGCUCCAACUGCCACAGGGGCAGGGCCAACAGCUGACCUUGGCCCCAGUGCAGACCCUCCCGCAGGUCACCCUGCCCAACCUCCAGACUGUGACCGUCAACUCGUUGACGCAAAGCGGGGUGCAGUUCACGCAGCAGAGCGACGUGACCAACAGCCCGGCUGGCAUCCACAUCAAGGAGGAGCCCGAAUCUGAGGAGUGGCACCUGGGUGGCGACUCCACGCUCAACCCCAGCGACUUGAACAACCUGCGCGUGCAGAUGGCCGCCGACGACGACGUGGACGGCGCCAGCGGCGAGGGCAAGAGGCUGCGGAGGGUGGCCUGCACCUGCCCCAACUGUAAAGAGUCCGGAGGAAGAGGUUCCGGGCUGGGCAAGAAGAAGCUGCACAUCUGCCAUAUCGUCGGUUGCGGCAAAGUCUACGGCAAGACGUCUCACCUGCGCGCCCACCUGCGCUGGCACAGCGGCGAGCGGCCGUUCGUGUGCAACUGGAUGUACUGCGGCAAGAGGUUCACCAGGAGCGACGAGCUGCAGAGACACAGGAGGACGCACACAGGCGAGAAGAAGUUUGUGUGCGGCGAGUGCGCCAAGCGCUUCAUGCGGAGCGACCACCUGGCCAAGCACAUAAAGACUCACCAGAACAAAAAGGGCGGCGCCCCCGCCUCGUCGUCGUCGCCCUUGCCCACCGACACCCUCAUCACAGCCGACGGCACCACGCUCAUCCUGCAGUCGGCCGCCGCCCACAACCUGGUAGCCAAUCAGGAGAUUCCGCUGCAACUGGUCACUGUGGCACCCGGCGAGGCGAUUGAAUGAGGGCAGGACGCACGGAGGGGUGAGAGAACUGGCCGAUCAUAAGGACCUCCUCUCUUAUC